AUGGACGCGGUGCCACGUAUGCGGACUCUUUCCAACGAAGCGGCACAAGCCGAUGAACGUGACUUAAGAAUGAAUGUGCAAGUGAUGGGGGAAGAUAUUUCCGCCGAAGAACUUACCGAAGACGCCGGAUGGAAGACCGCUGGAACGCGGCGUUCGAGAACCCGGCACCGCGCGCAGGACUUGCCGCACGACAUCGACGCAAGAACGGACAUGCUCGGUUCAGGCCGGCAAGGUACGAAACCUAAGAAUGUCAAAGGAAAGGUUAUCAAGGCGGGACGCAUGCCCAGACUACCGAAAGAGGAUAUCAAGAUUGUGGUGCGACCACAGGGUGGCCUCGACAUCGUCAAGGUCGGCGCCCCGGCAGUCACCGCCGCCAUCUUCGCGGCUGCCAGUAUGACGGGUGAAGAAAGCGCGGAAGACACGGUCUGUCCGAACUUGCACCAGAACAUCGUCGUCGUCAGCACUCCGAAACGAGCGAACGCGGACCGCUACGCCAGAAUGCGGCAGAUUUACAUCCAAGGGAAACUGCACGAAGUGAAUGUGUACGAAACUGCACCCGAUAAUACAACAAAGGGAGUGAUUCGAGGCAUUCCCAUUGAGGACGGACCCCGAGCGCUGGACGAGAACAUCGUAAACCCGAGAAACCCACUGGCACUGGCCGCCAAACGCAUAGGCAAUACGUCCACGGUAGUCAUCGCGUUCGACGGACUCAAGGUGCCCAAGCUCGUCAGGUACGGUGCAACACUCAUCCCUUGCACUUUAUAUCGCAAGCAAAUCGACAUCUGUUACCAAUGCGGCCGCCUCGGCCACCGUAUGGACGUUUGCCCAAAUCCUGCCAACCGGAUCUGCCGUGGCUGCGGUCUCCGCAACCCAAACCAAGAACACCAAUGCUCGCCCAAGUGUGACCUGUGCGGCGGCGCCCACAUGACCGCCGACAAGGACUGCAAAGCAAGGUACAAGACUCCGUACGUGAUUCGCAGACGACGAUGGGAGCAUCAAUCUGCAAAUAACCAACUGACGCAGCAAGACCUCCCGCCCACCGAGAUGACCAAACCCAGAUCCAAGUCGCGAUCCCGUAGCCGGUCCCGGUCUUGUAGCAGGACAAGGCGCAGCCGCGCUCCGACAAGAUCCAGAUCCACGACGCCGGCUCCCGUAGACAAGGUGAGCUGGGCUGACAAGGUCCGGGGCACUGCGCGAGAGGGGGUCGGUAAAGCACCUACAGUUCCAGAGCAAAAUCAAGCGACCAAUACCGGUAUUGUGGAGGAGCUCAGAAAAGAGAACGCGGUAAUGCGCGAUUUACUCCAAAAGCUAAUGCAAGAGGUGCGAGAACUCAGACGCGAGCGCGCCGCGCCGGAACAGAGCAAACCUAACGAAAAACACCCGGUGCCGGCGAGCAUUCCAGACGCGGGCGCACCGGCUCCGAAAAAACGGGCGAUGCAACCAGAAGCCUACGCGGGAGGCUCCGAGAGCCAGGUACAAGUGGAAAUUAUAGACAUCAAGAAAAUGCUACGCACCAUGCAAAGCACCAUUGAGACACUACACGCAACAGUCCUCGGGCUCGCAAACAGGACCACUAACCUCGAGGGAAACAUGCAGAUGACAAUGAAUCACCCCGUAUUUACGCAACACGGAAACGUUACGGCGAGCAGCGAUGCGGGACCGAGCUCCCAUCAAGGGCAGCCGGGUACCUUAAACCCGCAUCAUGGCCAACGCUAA